AUGUCGCAUCCACGGCGGCAACACCGUGAUGCGGAAAUCCAAUCUCUUGCUUCACAACCUUACGUGGUCCCUGCUGCCCCUUUACACUUCUCGACUUCUGCCUCCUCUCCUGCGAUCCCCGAAUUCGCAAAAGCCAGAGCACCCGACAGACUCCCGCCGUCGAACCACCCUCUGAGCGCGCGCCCUGGCGCUGGUGGAACCGCUUCAACCCCGAGAAACUACCCCAUCUCACAUGCUGAAAUACCUGUCGCUAGCUCCUUGGGCCCAACUGAAGCUCCGUCCACCCUCCGCUCGCGUCAGCGCGAUCAACCGCUGCAGCCGUCCCGAUCCACUGCAAGCCCUGACCACACUGCUCUUGCACAGUUGCCCUUAUCUCCCACGAGAUUGGUAACCCACUCGGGAUUCCCGGUUCCUCCAACGGGCAUACCAAAUUGCACUUCGCCCACCUCCAGCCUGUCGUCUGUCUCGUCGAAUCCUGUGCCUGGCAUCGGCGCUUUCGGUCGGACACCAGCAUCCACGCUUCAGAACACAGCUCCAAGUUCCACCUCUCCUACAGCCAGGCUCAAUUCCGCCUACGCAUCCGGCCUCUACAAAUUCCCAGGCGCAAACUCCAUUAAUGUCUCCGCAAUGGCAGAGGGCAAGGGUCACAGGGUGGUGCCGAGGACGUCGUCAAUAGAUUCCGCCAUCUCCUCGCUCUCCUCGACAUCUCAUUCUCACAAGUCUUCUCUGGACUCCAACAAUGUCACUCCGGCAGAUAUUGCAAAUCUAAUAGCGACUGCGGGAUCUCCCGAGGCGGUUAUCAUACAUUUACUCAAGGAGAAGCAGCACGCAGCAUCUCAAAAUGCGCAACUAUGGAAAUUGGUCGACAAACAACGAACAAUGUUGCUGGCACUGAACAAGGAUCUCGAGAGGGCGAUGAAGGAGAAAGAGAGGUAUCGAAAACGACUUAAAGAAAUCCAAAACGCUCCCCCACCUCUUCCGUCCGAUGCGCCUCGCUCUACAGCCCGUCAUGAUGACCAUAAAAAGUGGGAGAGGUCUGAAAUCGCGCUACCUAGCCAUGCCCAUCACAACGAAGCUUCGCACAAAAAGCACGAAGGGGAAAACACUCAGCCCGAUCUUGACGAGGAAAUUCGAUCGUCACCGGUUGAUAUGCUCGCAGUGGAUCCAGAUACCCAGUCUCCGAUAGACCCCAACCCUGAUGCUUCUUCGCACGCUACCGAUUCACCUGAAUAUCGAACGCCUCUUGAAGCUAGUGGGAGCACCUGCAAAGAUGUUGCACGUGAAGGUUACACCGGGCUGCCUGACGCGACUCCUCUGACAAGUCACGGUAGCUUCGACAGAGAAGAGCCGCCCCCGGUUGGUCAGACCACUACCAAAAUUCCGCCGCCUGCAAGGAAGCCUCCUCCGGCACCCUUGAAGCUAGACGAAGCGCAGAAGGUCAAGCCUCACAUUAUUGUGGAUCACCGUAAGGACCAUUCUGAAUCUGAUUAUGAUGACAUACUGGAGGACAAUGAAAUACCAACGAUUGAACGUGGUCGGAGAAGAACGCGGGAGGAGGACGAUAAAUUACGGCAGGCUAUGAUGUUGAAGGAACAAGAACUUCGAAGCCGAUCGAAUAAGAAGAAGCUCAAGAAUUUUGCACCACCUGAGAACGUUCAGAAGGAACAGGCACAGGCAUUCCUUGGAGUUGGUCUUCCAGCAAGCCCGCGCUCUGGUAUGGCACCGUCCCCGAGGCUUGUCGGGCUACAUUCCCCUCCCCCCGCCUCACUAUCGGCCAUGUUGCACCCUGCAGCUUCCGACUCCAGCGUUUCCGAUAAAUCUCGUUUGACCUCACCCCUAAGCCCCGGUUUACCCCAGAGCCCGAGACCUGGAGAUCGCCCGUUAGGAUCCCCAAUGCCGCGUUUCCCGAAAGACCCCAAUGCUCUGGUCUCUCCACCAAUUUCCCCGAGGAACGUAAUGCAGGGCCAAUUCCAAAAUAUGUUAAGUUCACCUCCUGGCUCUCAGGAGGCCCCUAGAGACGGUACAGUGAAGACAACGCAACAGGCGCCAAACGCCAACGAGAGGUCAAAUAGCGAUGCUCCGACGUAUAAACUCACGGUCAACGAAAAUAGUCCAGUCUCUGGCCGUGAAACUUCCCACACAAUAUACCGUGGGAUGGUGGCCGCCGAUUACCCUGAAUUGCUUCUUCCUCCCAGCUCCUUGUCCUCCAUUGAUGUGAAAGUUUCGUCAUCCAGGCUGCGCCCGUCUCGUAGUAGCUACCUUGCACUGAAGCCAAUGGAGGAGGAACCCGUAUUCACAUUAAGUGUCUACUCGCGUGUAAAACGGGUCGAGCUCUGGCGUGUGGAGAAGGCAAUCAUUGCUUUACCACAGUUAGACCAUCAAAUAAAACAAAUCACCAAUUUCUCCACAAAACUACCCGAGAGGUCUAUGUUCACUGGCCAUUCCCCUGCUAAAGUUGAUGCUAGGAGGGCUGCCCUGAAUGCGUACUUUGAAGCUUUGCUCAACCACCCGAUGGAAGAAGCUGCAGGGCUGGUGGUAUGCCAGUUCCUUACGGCGGAUGCUAUAGAACCUCGUGACGACGAGUCCAAUUUACUCCAUGGAGCAGGGAACGGGAAGCCUCCAAUAUCAUUCGGGCCUGACGGGAAGCCGAGGAUGGAGGGAUAUCUGACCAAAAGGGGAAAGAAUUUUGGCGGGUGGAAAUCAAGGUAUUUCGUCCUUAAUGGACCGGAGUUGAAAUAUUACGAAUCCCCCGGUGGGCCUCAUCUUGGAACCAUCAAGAUACAUCACGCACAGAUCGGAAAACAGUCGCCAUCUGGAAAGAACCAGUCGCCGUCACGGACAGAAGAUGAUCCCGAUAGUCAAUAUCGACAUGCUUUCUUAAUCCUAGAACCAAAGAAGAGGGAUUCUUCGGCUUUGGUUCGACACGUUUUGUGUGCUGAAAGCGACGACGAAAGAGAUGUAUGGGUUGAGACUCUCCUCUGUUACGUGGAACCACGAGAGCCAGAUGAGGAAUACCAUGGUCACCAUGCGCAGUCCUCAAAGCCCACCGGUCCUACUCCUAAAUCGCGUCUUCAACCUCCUCAUUCAAAGAAGGGCGGUUUGGAAAGUGGCCAAUUAGAAGGCUCGAACGCACUUCAAGCACUGAGCUACGAUGAUGUUGUUGCUGCAGAAGCACCAGUCCGUGGACCCAGCGGCGGUAAGGUUUCUCCUCCCGCCGGUCACAUGGCGGAUCACUCAGGCCGUCAGUUUGAACAAGACAAUUCAUCACCGACGCAGAAAACAAUCUCUGGUCCUACCAACGGAAUGAAGAUUCAGGAUGCGGGUGCCUGGGGAAACAAGACCGUAACAUCUACGAAGGAAAAGAAGCGGAGCAUAUGGGGUUUUCGUGCCGCAACAGCAGCGGACUUGGCUAGCCAAGGGUCAAGGCAGGACUCAGUUGGUUCUGUACAUGAUGUGUUCCUCGACCGAAGAGCACCGGUACGACCUGUUUUUGGGCUUCCCCUGGCUGAGGCGGUGGAAUUUUGUGGUCCUCGAGGAUUUGAUUGCGGACUUCCUGCUGUUGUUUAUCGCUGCCUCGAAUAUUUGCGAGCCCAACGUGCGGAGUUGGAAGAGGGUAUUUUCCGGCUGAGUGGCUCAAACGUCGUUAUAAAGGCCCUUAAAGAAAGAUUCAAUACAGAAGGCGACUUGGACUUCUUGGAAGGGGACCACUAUCACGAUGUCCAUGCGGUCGCGUCCCUAUUCAAGCAAUACCUAAGAGAAUUACCAACAACUGUAUUGACUAAGGAGCUUCAUUUAGAUUUUAUUCGUGUGCUUGAUCUGGAUGAGAAGCACCAAAAGAUCAGUGCAUUUAAUACCCUAGUUCAUAGGCUUCCGCGGCCUAACCUAGAUCUUUUAAAAGCCAUCUCUCAGUUCCUAAUUAUCAUUAUCCAAAAUGCCGAUGUGAACAAAAUGACUGUUCGAAAUGUCGGAAUUGUGUUUGCCCCAACAUUGAACAUACCUGCUCCUGUAUUUUCAAUGUUUCUUACAGAAUUUGAUGCAAUAUUUGGAAAGCAUCCACCUAUCGAUCACGGCACCAGGACAGUUGAGCUGACGUUGAAUAAUCAACGUUUGAAUCCUGAGGAUAUUCGGUCCCCACGCCAUCAGAUGUUCACAGAUCUACCGACCCCUGCAUAUGACCAAAAUUCGUUUGAGCCUCAGAGAGCCGAGGAAGCAGAAGACCUUAAGCGUCGGGGAAACUACACCACAGGGUUUACCCCUCUACAUCCUACUUAUGACCCUCCUCCGGUGCCCCAUCAACAGCAGGAUGAGGGGACGCUAUCACAUCUUCAUUCCAUGAAUGGCUUGCUUGCACCCGGGACGCAUGCCACAAAAAGUAAACGAAGAGAAAGCUCUCUCCUUUUCAUGGACAUCGGAAAAUAAAGAAAGAGAUAUUUGCGUCUAUAAUUAACAAUGUAUGCCAUCGCCCUUUUGUUUGGACUACUUGAAUGUGCCUGUUAUGAAUCCGCUGAAAUUGUCUUACACCAUUAAACUAUAGCUCUAGAAGAGGAAUAUCCUCUCCUCUAAAUGGGCACCUCGGAAAUAUUUCCUUUCUCUCUACGAUCGGUUUUCCGAAGGGAUCGUAUAUACCUUUGCACCUUCUCUUUUUCUAUCCCCCCCCUCCUUUAAGUCUUAUUUUCUCCGCCCUUUGGGCUUUGUUUAUAUGUAUUCAUGAUUGGGCUAGUGUCCACACGGAAGGUUUGUACUAUUGGCGCACUGAUUUCCGCCGGGGGAGGAAGUUCCCAUACGUUUGCCUUUUUGCUUGGGCUGAGAUCUUUAUACCCCAUUUGCAUUCCGCCUUUGUAUCUCUUAUGCAAAUCGCAGACUAUGUCCUUUCUUUCAGUCUCCAUGUGGAUUAUUUACAUGUACAUUUCAUUGAGGCUUGUUCCACCUUUAUGUUUCUAGCUACGAUGCCCUUUCCUGUAUAUGACUACUGUCUGGUAAUAGAAUCAGAUAUACACUCCUAUUCUA